CCGCGCAGCCGCAUAGCUCCACCUCCACGGCGAAGCAGCGGGGGAAGGGCCGGCCGGGCCGCCGGACGGAGCGGGCGGCAACGCCGCGUAGCGUAGGCUAGCAACCCCGCCGCAAGCCCGACAAACGCCACCCUCCGACUCCCCGAACCCGCCCGCCACCCUAGCGCCGCUGGAGACGCCGGAGAUGGAGGAGGAGGAACCCGUGGCCGUGGCCGGGGCCGGGGCGCGGGCGCUUGCGCAGGAGCCCUUGUCGUCGCAGCUCGAUAUUUUGAAAAACAACAUUCAAUCAUUACGUGAUAGCAACACCCAAGAUUUUGAUGCUUGGGUGUCAUUAAUUGAAGCGGCUGAAGAAACUUCAAUAAAUGACAUUGAGGCUAUUAACUUGGUGUACCACAGCUUCUUAUUGGAAUUUCACUUGUGCUAUGGCUACUGGAUCAAGUAUGCAGCCCACAAAGCACGAUUAUGCACAAACAAAGAAGUGGUGGAGGUGUAUGAACAAGCUGUCCAAGCAGUACCUCAUUCUGUUGAUCUUUGGGUCAGUUACUGUGGAUUUGCUGUGUGCGCAUGUGAAGAUCCUUCUCAUAUUAGAAGGUUAUUUGAGAGGGCUUUAUCUCUUGUUGGAAAGGACUAUUUGUGCUAUCACCUGUGGGACAAGUACAUAGAAUUUGAAAAUUCUCAGAAGCACUUAAUUCAACUUGCCACAAUUUAUAUUGACACCCUAAAAUUUCCCACAAAGAAGCUGCAUCGGUACUAUGAGAGCUUCAGAAAGUUGGUAACUUUGAUGGAACAUGAGGCUACUGAUGCUGAAAGGUCACCAGAGAACUUGCGUACUUUGGAAGUGAUACAUGCUGAGGAUUCUGAAGUUGAUGCUUCAAUUAAUGUUGCUGACUUGCAUGAUGAAAAUAGUGGGCAUCUUAGGGCCGAUGCAGUCAAGCAGUACUUACUUUCUGGGGAAAGUCUCUACCAAAAGUCCAGUAAAAUUGAUAAAGAAAUCUCUUGCUUUGAGGCAUCCAUAAAGAGGCAUUUUUUUCAUGUCAAGCCACUUGAUGAUGACCAGCUUGAAAACUGGCACCGGUAUCUUGACUUUGUCGAGAAGAAUGGGGAUUUUGACUGGGCUGUUAAACUUUACGAGAGGUGUUUGAUCCCUUGUGCUAAUUAUUCUGAAUUUUGGAUCCGCUACGCGGAAUUCGUGGAUGCUAAGGGUGGCCGAGAAAUUGCAAGUUAUGCUCUUGGUCGAGCGUCAUCAUGCUUUGUGAAGGGUGUCCCAACAUUCCACAUGUAUCAUGCGAUGUUUAAAGAGCAAAUUGGUGAUGCACGAGGUGCUCGUUCUCUUUUUAUUAAAGGAAGCAAUAAUCUAACUUCGAACUUCUACGUAAAUAUUAAUAGGAUGGCAAACAUGGAGAAACGCAUGGGAAAUACUAAAGCAGCUUCUGAGAUAUAUGAGACCGCAAUUCAGGAUGCCAUGCAGAAGAACAUCGAAAUUCUUCCAGACUUGUACACAAAUUUUGCACUAUUCAAAUAUUCGCUAAAUCAUAGCAUUAGGGAUGCUACAGAUGUAUUUGUUGAGGGUAUAAAGCAAGCACCAUGUAAAGCUUUGAUCAAGGGAUUCAUGCAGUUCAUGAGUACACAUGGAGGACCUACAGAAAUUGCUAUACUUGAUUCUGUUAUUUCUGAUGCUGUAGCUCCUGGAUCUGAUAUAUCAACAGUUUUAAGCCCUGAAGACCGUGAAAAUAUUUCAUUACUAUUUUUGGAGUUUGUUGACCUUUAUGGGGAUGUUAGAGACCUCAGAAAGGCAUGGGCUCGGCACAGCAAACUUUUCCCUCACGGCACAAGGAACAUAUCGCAGCAGUAUUCAAACAGUGAGAAUUGCCUCCAAGAGAAUAACAAGAGGAGAAGAACUGAAUAUUGUGUCGUUGCACAAAAUAGUUCUCCAAAAGAUGCAAUAACAUUGAAACAGCAAUCCAAAAGUGAUUGUUCUCUGCUAGUUGAUAAAGCAGUUGAGCUGCAAGUGGAGAAGAUUACUCUGGAUUCAGGAAAAGGACAUACAGAUGCAGAAGAGCAGAGCAUAUUAGGGAAUGUUGUUGUGCAUCAGGAUGAUGACAAUACAGCUCAGGAAUGUAUCAACAUGACUCACAGUCAACAUAGCUUGGACAAAUCUGGAAUGCAAAACCAAGCAAGUGCUCACGAGACUAGCCAUGAUUUAAGUUUAUGUGAACAAAAUGAUCAGAUAAUAGAGUCUCAUCCAUCUGUAUGUGAGAAUGCUCCCCAUGCAGAAUCAUUUAGUUGUGAUUCUCCUUCCAAAUCUAAUUCUGGCUCCAAGAUAAAUGCUCUAGACAAGGUUAAUAUCAUUGAUGGAUCUGCCAGUGUUCAUCAAGGAGCAAUAUGCCCAAGAUCUGAUUCUCCAUCUGUGGCAAGCUUGCCCAAAGAAGAAAGUUCUGAUCAAGUUCAAAUAUCUCCUGAGUUGGAGGAAAGGCAGCAUGAUAAAAUCCAGGUAAAACUGGAAGCAAAGGAUGAUAUGUCUCCUAGUAAUGUAAAUAUAGAGAAGUCUAGUGAUAGUCCUGAUGCAACUCAACAUGAUAGGGAAAUAUCUACAUCCAGUCAAGAGCAUAUUCAAUCUUCACAGCCACAACAGCUGCCUGUCUGCACAAAACCUUCCAGCUCAGAAAUGGCAACUACACAAGCUACCACAUCUUCCCAAUUUCCACCAAGCACUGUGACAUCUCAAGCUCAACUUCUGCACCAGAAUUCUAAUUCCCAAAUGUACCAAUCCAAUAAGCUUUCUUUGGCUGAACAAAAUGUGCAGCUGAAAGGGCUUGCCUAUGAGAUUCCUCAGAAAGUCCAGACAUCCUCACAGAGUCAAGCUCAAAUCUUUUCACAGCCUAACCAGGGAAACCAACAGUAUCUCCAAAUGAUGGAAGGGUAUGCAUCUCAGAUGUGGCAAUACUACCAGCAGCAGAUGUGCUACCUGCAGGCCCAGCACAAUCAGCAGUUGCAGAGUCUGCAACAGCAGCAGCUUCCAACUGAGCAUCUCCAGCAAAAUUUCAUGCAACAGGUACAACAGCUGAAUCAACAGAUGGUACUUUGGCAGCAACAAGUGCAGCAGCAACAGCUGCAACAGCUACAACAGAAUGCACUUCCAGUUCAGCAACAGCCUGACAAAAAACAAAGUCAAUAUCAACGUUCCUUGGGGGAUACUAAACAUGAACACAAUAAACUGCAGAAACAUGAAACUCAAAUAGAUCAUCAAAGUGACCAGGUGCAGCAACAGCUUUAUUUCCAGCAACAGCAGCAAAUGUACCUCAUGCAGCAGCAGCAGCAGCAGAUGUACCGACAGCAGCGACAGCAGCAGCAGCAGCUACUUCAACAGCAAUUAAUGCUGCAACAACAGUAUCUCUCGCAGAUGCCACAGCAGCAACAAAACAUGGCACAACAGCAGCAGCUAUUUCAGCAGCAACAGCAGCAGCUAUUUCAGCAGCAACAGCAGCAAAUGGUAGUUUUCCAGCAGCAGCAGCAGCAGGCUAUCCAACAGCAGAUGCAGCAAUACCUUCAACAGCAAACAAAUCAACAAGGGGCCAAGCCUCAGAGUUGUGAGUUAAAUACUCAGGAUGCAAGAAACCUGAAGAUGGAGCAUGGUCAACAAUCUGAACCAUCACAGAGAGAUGACUCUAAAUCACGGAGUGGUGAACAAUCUGAAUUAUCCUAUCCAUCAACCCCACAAUCUCAGCAUUCAAAUCACUGAGUCGUGUUGCAUUGCCCAUGUGCAUUGUUAGCAAAGGAUCUGUGGAUUCCAGUUAAUUGGUCUCUGCCAUUUGAUGCAUCUAUCGAUAAAAAUAUUUCAGAGAUGCGAAGUUCACUUGUUCCAUGGGAUGACAUUGGAGGAGUCAUGUGUCAGAACAACGAUGGCUUCCAUCGGGCCUGCACAAUGUAAUAGAUCUGAAGUUGCAUCAUGCUUUCUUUGUCAGCAAAUGACUUGGACUAUUGCAAGCUAUCUUCUGCAAGGUAUCUGGCUACCUUGAAUCCUUGAUACUUUUGUCAACCGAGCACUUGGACUUUGACAAGUUAUCCUGUGCUGAAUAGAUGGCUUCUUGGACAUGUAAAGGAACUUGAUUUCUGCCUCCUGGCCAAGCAUUCACAUGUAUCUUCAUUCACUGCAAAGUGUGAAUCAAAGCAGGGAUAUCUGACAGCUUAUGCUGUAAUGUGAUGCCGUAGCAUCCACAAGAUUUGGAAAUAUCACGGCAGCAUCAGCCAAAGUAAACAAUAGGAAAGGCAGCAGUGGAGCAGCCGCUGGAAGCUUUGUAUUUGCAGACAGAAGAAAACUACAUCUACAUUGGCAGCAGAAAUCCGAGUAACAAUGUGUUUGAAUGGGAAAUCUCAAGUUGUGUUCUAUAUUACUACUGUACAUUUUUCAAGGAAAGCCGGAUUUAUAAAUCAUGCAGACAACAUCAGUUUUUUCUGUUUUUUUCGCUUUGUCUCAGUGUAAUGUUUGGAAGCAACAAGAACGUAGAGUUGUCGCUUGGUCACGACUAUUCUACAUUUGUCUGAAAACAAAUAAUAAUUGUCAAUUGUAUUUCGAUUC